UGAAGUAGCUCCCGCACAGCCACCACCUCGACCAGGCCACCACCUAACCUUGCCAUCAACAUCGUCGUCUUUAUCCUGUUCGCCAUGGUCGACCAACUCUCUAGGAAUAUAUACACAUACCUCUUGAUACCUGAAGACUAACGACCACUCAUCAAAACACAUCUCCAGGACCAGGACGAACAGCGAUCGGGCGAAAGCUAGGCAUUAGCCGUUCAUCCCGCCUCCGACCAUGUCGUCGCCAUCGUCCUCCCGCAUGACACUCCUUUCGAUCCCGAUCUUUCACCUCGUCUUGCUCUUCCUCUCCAUAUCCUUGUUCUCCUUCACCUCGGCUCAGGAGACGAGCCAAACGGCUACCCCGUCGAUUACUACUACCAAUAAUGCUACUUCCACUCGCACGCAAUCCGGUGCUUCUCCUACGCAGACGCUGUCUAACAACGGCACGGUGACUAUCGAUCCUAGUACCAACCUGACCACCAUCGUCUCCUCCAACAACACCUACAAGUACCCGAUUGGCACGCAGAUCUUCUCGAACUCCACCGUGCUUUUCCCGAAUACGACCCUCCUCUAUCCUAACGGCACCUACGCCUCGCUCAAUGGCACGCAAUACGCUCUGAACGGGACGGUCACUUAUGAUCCCUCUGCGGUGGACGAGGUUUGGAACGGGACGCAGGAAUGGUUGCCGUUCAAGAUCAAGAUCGAUGCGGCUUACGGCGUCGCGGGGGGGUUCUUGAUCUUGACGGGGAUCCCGUUGGCGGUGCUUGGGGGGAAGAAUCGAUGGUCGUCAAUGGCAGUCGUCUCUGGCUAUUCGUUCCUCCUCUUCACACUCGUCAUAGUACUUCGAUUCGGAGUCUCCCCCGGUAUCAAAUCCACUCCGACCCCCAAUCCACCCAGUACCAUGCUCCGAGGCCUCUACACCCUGGCGUGCAUCAUCGCCUCCCUGAUCGGAGCCGGCGUCGGGGUGUUCUUUUACAAUCAGACGAAAUACCUCGUCCCCGCUAUGGGAGGGUUCGCUUUCGCUUGGUUCAUCGAAGCUUGUAAGAGCUCGGGAGCGACGGGGGAUAGUAUCGUUGGGAGGUGGGGUCUCAUCAUAGGCUUCACGGUCGCCUUCUUCAUCGCUGGCCUGAUUACCACGUUCAACUAUCACCUGAUCCUCAUCUCGACCGCUUUCAUCGGAGCUACCGCUUUCACACUUGGGAUCGACUGUUUCACCAGGGCCGGCCUGAAAGAGUUUUACAUCUACAAUCUCGGGUUCCGCAGCGGAUUGUUCCCCAAGCUCUGGGUACAGCCAGAGGGAGAGGUGGGGAGAUGGGUCUUCCCGUUGGCGACGAUCAUGCAGGUCGAGUUGGGGGUCUUGAUCGCCGUGUUCUUGAUCGGCACGGCCAUUCAAUACCGGGUCCUCGGCAUGCUCCAGAUCAAACUCGAACAGAUCAAACACGAAGACGCCGAGCGCAAGGAAGCCGAGGAAGAGGCGCGUGCUGCGGCCAGAUUCAAGGAACACGAUACCGAACUGGGAGAGUGGGAGAGCAAGUAUGGCAAGACCAAGGGACUCAAUGGGGACGUGCCCCUGGUUACCCUCGGCAAGAACGGCCCGUCCAGUUCAAUGCAUAGUCUCGUACGACCUUACACCAACGCCGAAUCCGAAGGGAUGCGGGACCCAGGAUCGAUGGAGAUGAUGGCUCAAUCGCACUCGCAAUCCGAUACACGUAGCUUGGGGGGACAGAGCGUUGGGAGGCUGCCCGUCAUGGGACUCGGAGGGAGCAUCUCCGGUGGCGAUGACGGGAGGAUGCAUUCGCCAGGUUUGAGCACGGCCGACAUGUCCCCCGAAGAGCGCGAGAGGAUCAGGCUGCUAGACGAGAUCAGCGAGGUCAAGAAGAGCAUCGAGGUAUUGCGGUCGACGACUCCCACAAGCGUCGAUAUGCUGUCAACCGCAGGAUCGAUGACGGCCGGCGGUGGGACGGCGACGGGAACUAGGAGCAGGACACAGUCGGGUAUGUCUCUGAGUGGAGCCUCAUUUGCCAGCGGUCUUGGUACGGGGGCUACUGGGUCGUUGGGGAGGACAGCUCAGCCUUCGCCGAUCAACGUCGUGACUCCGACCGCCGCAGAGUUGGCGCAAGCGAAAAAGGACAAGGAAUGGAACGAUUAUCUCGCCGAGAGGAAACUCUUUACCCCACCCGCUGGAAUCUCGCCUCCUAUUGAGACCUCUUUCCCGCAUCGCGCUCGUCAGGCUGAACAGUUUGGUCGAUUGUCCAAGCUUCCGGACAGUGUCGCCCAAGCGAUGGAUCGUCGGGAACGUACUGUGAGCGCUUACGAGCUCGGGGUCAGUGAAAUCGACCGUGAGGAGAUUCCUCAACCUCAUUCGGCUGGCUUGCCUCUCGGCGUGCGACACAGCGUGCAAGAUCUCAGGCAGCCGGAGUUGACUCAUCAACGUCAGUCCACCGAGCCGUCCUCGCGCGAAUCUACGUAUCAGCACAAUCGUUUGUCUUCGGCUCCUCUGGUCACCGGCCACGCCUAUUCGACUAACCGUGCCAAGGAGUUGGUCGAGCCUACCAACCGUCCUGCUGCAGAGCGUACCGUCACUCACGAAGAGUUGACUGCGAGACACCGUGCCAAGUUGUCUCAACUCCAAAAGCCCGUCAGCGAGAGCAUGCAAGAAGAGAUUCGUCUGGCCGAAGCCAAGGCCAAGUAUGAAAAGCAAAAGGAAGCCGAACGAAAGAUGAUGGCCAAAAAGGAGGCCGAGAGGAACAACCAACAACGACCUGCGGUCGGCAAGCCCGAACGGGCUGCUGGCAUGCCAGACCCGAGUCGCGUACCCCGAGAGUCCGCUGUUGACAGGGCAGCCCAAUGGAGGCAAAGCGUCGCAGCAGAGAAUAUGCAGCGACCUGUCCUGGAUACUGCGCCUGAGCCUACCUCUAAGUCCAGGCGGGACAACCCCAGGGCUUCCGCCACCAUCGAUAGGACCUCGACCAUGGAGCCGAUCAACCGACGACAAUCCCGUGGUCCCAACCAAUAUAUCAACUAGAACACGUACGACAUCACGAAUGACCGAUUUCCUUUCCACUGUCUUGUUCCUUAGCAUCCCGAUCUACACCCUCACGAAAACGUUUACGACCCUUUCCAUAUUCUUGUCGUCACUACAGAACGCUUUGUUGCUCUAAUGUAUCCCUUUGAAUGAUUAUCUAUACAACCGGUCUUGCUUCUCUUUGCACCUUGGUCGAUACAGUCAAGCUACAUACAUGCACGGUGGAAGCUUUCAGUCGAGUCUCGGACUUGGGCCUUACAUCAAGAUACAGCUAUUUGGGGUGUCAGGCAGGUCGUCCGCAUCGUAAUCGGUAAAUCGGGACCGCUCUC